CCCCCUCCGGCGAGGAAGACGACGAGAUCUCCCAGAUCAUGGCCCUCCAAGCCCUGGAACUCGAACGCUUCCACCAAGAGAGACGAGACAGCGAGCACUGCCAGGCCGAGUUCCGCCGCAUUGCCGAGGACCUGCGCCGCCGCACCCACGAUGAGCGCUUCGCCCGCGAGAUCCUCCACAUCCCGGACAGCGAAUGGGAGGAGUGGGGGGACGAAUUCGAGCGGCCGAUCGGGGCGGUUCGCGACGAGGAGGAGCCGCCGUUCCGGCUCUACUUUAAGGGCAUGACGAGCCGGGACUCCGUGAAAGGGAGGUGGCUCCAGCUUUCCGCGAUCGCCGCGGUGGUCUGCGAUCCUAAGGACAACCUCGUACUCAAAAUUCAGAAGCCGAUGCCGGCGGCCGCCCGGGAGGUUUUUGAGGUCAAGGCCUUGAUCGAGGGGCUUAGUGCGGCUCUCUCCUUGGGCAUCAAGAGGAUCGAUGUGUUCUGUGACUAUAGAACUCUAUAUAAUCACAUUACAGGGAGAUGGUUUGUGAAACAAAACAAGGUUGCAAACAUAAUUCAUCAAGCAGCAUUGCUGCAAAAGAAAUUCGAAAGAUGUCAAAUUUUCUUGCUUCCACGAUGCCAUAUCAAGUUUGUGUAUAGAUUAGCAAGGGAUGUGAUAGACUCUCAGAUCAACAAAAAUGCUGAGCUGGGUGGCAAUCAAAAUCUGAAGGAGACUUGCAAGAUUUGUCUAGAAGUUACAGAUACUUCUCAAAUGUUUGUUGUUGAUGGUUGUUUGCACCGCUUUUGCUAUACCUGUAUGAAACAACAUGUGGAAGUUAAGCUACUUCAUGCAAUGCUCCCUAGUUGCCCACAUGAUGGCUGCAAUACCAGGCUUAAUGUGGAGAGUUCCCAGAAAUUUUUGUCACCUAGAUUACUAGAUAUUAUGGUCCAGCGCAUAAAGGAAGCAUCAAUUCCUCUAAGAGAGAGAAUUUAUUGCCCAUACCCGAAGUGCUCAGCUCUGAUGUCAACAAGUGAAGCAAUUCACCCUCAGCAGGUUGCUUCUUCUAAGCAAUUCAUUGAUACAUCUGGACUUAGAAAAUGUAUCAAAUGCACUGGGCUUUUCUGUAUCAACUGUAAGGUUCCAUGGCAUGAGAGAAUGUCAUGCUUUGAGUAUAAAAGGUUAAAUCCAGACCCCCCUGCAGAGGAUGCAAAGCUACAGUCCCUUGCAAGACAGAAGUUGUGGCGCCAAUGUGUGAAAUGUAACCAUAUGAUUGAACUAGCAGAAGGUUGUUUCCAUAUGACUUGCAGGUGUGGUUAUGAAUUCUGCUAUACCUGUGGAGCUGAAUGGAAGGACAGAAAGGCCACGUGUUCCUGCCCAUUGUGGGAUGAGGGCUACAUUUGGUAUGACGAUGGUGAAGAUGAGGACUCAGAUGACUUUUAUGAUGAUGAUGACAGCUAUGAUUAUGAUGAUGAGGAUGAUGAUUACAUGGACAAUUAUGGCCACCAUUAUUAGGGUUGCACUUUAUAUUUAUUUCACCCACCUAUGUGUGUGGAAGCUCGUCAGUGCACUUCUUUCUGUUAAACUUGGAAUCUGAACUUUAGAAACUUUGCUUUUGAGAAAGCUCACAUAUAGUCAUCAAUUGGCCUGAAUGUGAAGAAGCUCUUCAGUGUUAA